AUGCGUCUGAAUAACAUUGUUUAUGUAAUGCUAUUUUUGAGCACGAGUCGCCCCUCCCUUCUGCUUCCACGAAUUCGGAUUGUCCAGGUCAUGCCCUUGCGAAUCACGUCUGCCCCUAUUUCCGGUAUCAAGAAGAGGAAAAGUACCGCGUCAAGGCCUCGCGCCUCUCCCUUUGCCCGUCAUCCUCGCCAGAAGCCUAAUGUCCGGCCCUCCAACCCGGUGAAGUCCGACUCAGCAUGUAGUAGUCCAUGCUAUAGCCGGGAACCGUUGUCGGACGUUGGCCUUUCGCACUAUAUCUCCGACACUGCGCCUGUAGAAGAUGUCGCUCAGGCUAUUCGUUACAUUGGGAGGAGCAUGUUUGAAGAUCUCCCUACGCGGGCAGGCAUGAACAGCACUCGGGUAGCCCAAGUACUUAACCUACGCCGGUCCCUGCCUCCUCUCGCAUCAGUAGCACAUGUUCAUACUCUUUUCAAUGAGCCCACUCGGGUGGAAAAGGAAAUUGUGGAUCUGAUCAAUGCAGGUCGUCUGCGCCGCUUGAUCGUUCCUGGGAGAGGGAAUGAUGCGGCUGGUCUGGGCGACUGUCUGGUCCUGACUGAGGAUUGGGAGAAUCUGGUGCGAGGGAGCAGUGGGCUGGAGCAAUCCGUGAAAGAUCGGUUCCUCCGAGUCUUAGAUCACAUGGGUAAUACCUUGACCAUCCCCGCAGAGGUCUUUUCCUCGCAGGAGUCUAUGGCGUUAAUUCACGCUGGCUUCCUUGUCUCUUCAUCAUCAUUUGCCAAGGACUCAUCAAGUAUUACCUCACUGCCUCUUGUUCCUUUUAUAUCGGUUACUGGAUCUGCCAGUCAAGAAGGCAUCGGGGAUGGCAGCCAAUCCCACUUACGAAAAACUAGUUUGUUUCUCUCGCUUCCCAAUACAGGGCCUUAUCUUCGCCUCCUCGGGGCUGGGCGCGCGCAUCUACUUUCCCUUCUUAACAAGUCGGGCUCUGGCGAGGCUCCUCUUUGCCUCCUCCGGGACCGUUGGGAUGGCGCCGUAGGGACGGACAGAAGCUACGACGCAGCGAAGAGAGUGCGCGGGGAACGCGCAGGUAUCCUACCAGGUAGGACGAAAAAGUGGAAAGAACUAUACGGGAUGAGCUUCCGCUGGGCUUUGGAAGAAGCGGUAGGAGCCGGUCUGGUUGAGAUAUUUGACACUGGUAGUGUCGGAGCGGGCAUACGCAGCCUGUAG